AUGACCGCGGAAAGAAUUGUAACCGGCUAUGAAGCUACGAUUCCCGAUGGCGUCUCUCAUCGUUUUGUUGGAUUGAAUGCACCUUCGAAAAAGCGAUCACCCAACGGUCAGCAUACAUGCCAGGGCUUGUACUGGACUCUCGAAGCAAAUGUCCCAAAAAUUGCAUUCAUAGCCACACAUUAUAAUGCAGACUUCUCUGAACAUUAUCUCGCCGGCCAUCUUGCAGCCCGCGGAUACGGGUUUCUCGGAUGGAACACUAGGUUCCGGGGCUUAGAAGAUCUGUUUAUUCUGGAGCCGGCCGUGGAAGACAUUGGUGUAGGGGUUCGCUGGUUGAAGGAGAUUGCUGGAGUUAAAAAGGUUAUUCUGAUGGGUAACUCCGGCGGCGGUUCCCUGAUGGCUGCUUACCACGCCAAAACACGAGAAGACGGAUCUCUCGCUAAAGAUGAUGCUUUCAUUUUCGUCAACUCUCAUACAGGAAGACCAGACGUUUUCUCCAAAUGGCUGGAUCCUGCUGUUAUCGAUGAAGAUGACCCGGUUAAGACUGAUCCCAGCCUAGACAUGUACAACCUGGAGAAUGGACCCCCCUAUUCCCAGGAAUUUAUCAAACGUUAUCGGGCAGCUCAGACAGAGAGGAAUCAUCGCAUCACGCAGUGGGCAAAAGCAGAGCUCAAGCGCUUGAACGAUGCCGGUAUCCCUGAUCGAAUCUUCCCUGUACACCGAACCAUGACAGAUCUGAGGUUCACAGACGCGGCAAUCGACCCUUCGGAUAGGCCAGUUCCUAGCUGCUACUUCGGCGACCCAGCACAAGCAAAUCGUGGCAUUGGUCUUGCAGGUCGCUCGAGUUCUUUGCGCACCUGGCUAUCUUUGUGGAGCUUGCAUGAGUCGAGCAUUAAGUUUGAUGUCUUCGCAGCCAAAUGGAAUAUACCAACAGCUGUUAUUCAAGGGACAGCGGAUGUUGGCGUGUUCAACUCGGAUGCCCGCAGUAUCUUCGAAGAUCUUGUGACAGAAGAUAAGGAGCUGCACUUUAUUCCUGGAGGUCACUUUUUCGAUGACAGCAAGGAGGCCUUUGAUUGGGUAGUAACGUUAAUCGUUGGCUGGGUCGAAAGACGGUUCCCCAAGGCAAGUGUAUGA